AUGGGCGGCAAAUCUGAGGCCAAGGCGGCCCAGACGGCCCAGAGGGGCUCCAGCGACCGCCAGGCCAUCCAGGACCUACAGACCGUCUGUACCGGCUGGGUCCUCAAGAAGAAGCGCAAGAAGAUGCAGGGCUAUGCCAAGCGCUUCCUGGCCCUUACGAACGAAGGGCUUCUGACUUACGCCAUGGGCCCGGACAAGGCGGCCAGGGACUCGAUCGAGAUCCCACACGCCAGCGUCACCAGCUCCAAGCGCCACGGCACCAUCCACGUCGACAGCGGAUCGUCGGUAUUCCACCUCAAGAUGCUCAACGACCAGGACUUUGAGAUGUGGCGCAACAACCUCAAGAGCUUCAUCCCGGACCGCGUCGGAGGGGCCGUACAGAAGGUCUACGUCGCCUCGGGGACCGAGCUGGUUGCCGUCGACGUGACCCAGAUCUUUACCAGCCUCGAGUUGACCGAGAAGCUGGUUCAGGCCCUGUCAAAGAAGUCCGCCUCGUUCAGCGCGAAGAACUCGCAGCAGACGGCCACUGGCGCCGUCCUCGGAGCGAUCGGCAUGAAGAGCAACGACGACGCCAGCGACGCGACCGCCCUCGCAAACAUUUCCGAACAGCUCAAGGACGAAUUCGCCAACCUCAGAUACGCCAUCGAGUCCAAGAUUCCGCGCGUGGACAGCGCCGGAGGCACGAUGAAGUCGAUUAGGUCGGGCCAAGACGUGCCCGGGCUCGACGGGCCGUCGAGGUCGCGCCUCAGCGUCAGCUCGCUGGCCACCACUCACACCGACUCUGCCAUCUUCUACGACGCCGACAGCAACGGUGCCGACGAGUACUUUUUGGACGACGAUCAUCGGGACGGAGACCUCAGCCGCUCGGACACGAGCGACACCGAGGACCACGACGAUGACGAUAGCUCGCCCGAGACCGACGACACCAGCCAGGACGGCUCGACGCGCCAGACGGUCGAGUAUCGCAAGAAGCUGCCCGCCAAGGUGUCGGGCGACGAGGUGUCACUGUUUUCCAUGCUCAAGAAGAACGUCGGCAAGGACCUGUCGACGAUCUCGUUCCCCGUCUCGUUCAACUGUCCGCUCUCGCUGCUGCAGGCGGCGGCCGAGGAGUACGAGUACGCGGCCGACCUGCUGGAAAAGGCGGGCAAGACCGAGGACUGGAUCGAGCGGAUCUGCCUGGUGGGCGCAUUCGCCGUCAGCGGCUACGCCAGCACCAAGUUGCGGGCGAGCCGCAAGCCCUUCAACCCGCUGCUCGGCGAGACGUACGAGUGCGUGCGCGAGGACAAGCACUUCAAGUUUGUGGCCGAAAAGGUGGUGCACCAGCCCCCCGUGGUGGCGUCCUACGCCGAGGGCAAGGGCUGGAAGUGCCAGGGCUGGAGCUCGGUCAAGAACAAGUUCUGGGGCAAGUCGCUGGAGCUGAUCCCCGAGGGCUCGACGCGGCUCGAGUUUGGCGACGGCGACGUCUUCAGCUUCCAGAAGCCGUCGUCGUUUAUGCGCAACCUGCUGGCGGGCAACAAGUACCUCGAGCACGUCGGCGAGCUGACGGUGACCAACGAAAACACCGGGCAGCGGAUCGUGAUCGAGUUCAAGGAGGGCACCAUGUGGGGAGGCUCGGGCAGCCGCAACCAGGUCACGGGCACCGUCUACGACGCCAACGACAAGGAGGUGACCCACGUCAAGGGCAAGUGGAGCGACAACCUCAGCCGUCAGCACGACAAGGAAAACUACCAGCUGCUGUGGGAGGCGGCCGAGAUGCCGCCGUACGCCGAGGAGUAUUAUGGCUUUACCUACUUUGCCAUGGCGCUCAACGAGCUGUCUGCCGACUGCAAGGACCUGCUGCCGCCGACCGACUCGAGGCUGCGCCCGGACCAGCGCGCGUUCGAGGAGGGCAAAGUCGACGAGGCCGAGCAGCUCAAGCACAGCCUCGAGGAGGCGCAGCGGGCGAGGAGGAAGCAGUACCAGAGCGAGGGCAAGGAGUACCAGGCAAAGUGGUUCCACCAGGAGGGCGACCAGCCCGGCUGGGUCUACGGCGGUACCCAGGGCGAAGACUACUUCAAGACGCGCAGAAAGGCUGCCGACGAGGGCCAGAAGGAGGCCUGGAAGGACCUGCCCAACGUCUUCGACGUCUGA